AUGCGGGUCGCGCUCCGGCCCCACCGACCCGGAGGACCGCGCCUGGUGCGGCACGGGCAGGCUUCGGAGUCCGAAGCCCCGCACCCAGGAGGACCCCGCCAGGCCGCGCCCACCAAUCACCGCUCGUCGACGGCGACGCAUGGGCGAUGGGCGGGGCCUCCGCGGCGCCCCGCCCCGCCCCAGCCACCGCGGGUUACUCCGGGUCGAAACCCGAGCAACCCCUGUCGCGACCCCCACUGGCUGCAGAGGGACAGCAGCGGUGCGGGAGGAGGCCAGGGUCCAGCGGGGUCGGGGACCCGCCCGGGAGAGGCCUCGGCCGAGGGAGUGUUAGAGCCGCUGUUCCCUGUCUCAGUCCGUUGGUCCUGGUGCAGCAAUAUCCAUCCCGUGAGCCCGCUUGGAACCUGUGCCCGACGCUUCCCAGUUCCUUCUUGCAGACUCUUAAACUGCACGGUCUGUUGUGGCAUCAAGAAGGCUGCUCGAGAUGAGGUCAAGAGAGUAGCUGCUAAUGAUGAACUGAACUUUUGGAAGGAUUGUCCAUUACAACUGCCUGAUAUUUCAACUACAGAAACCCACUCCUCCAGAAUGACACCAUCAGCCACUUUAAGAACAUUGCUCUUGGAGAAUGUCCUCAAGUGUUCAGUAUUGUCUAGCUGUUUCUGAAGUUUUUAUCCACCCAGAAGCUAGGCAAGUACUAACUCAAAUUUAGGCAUGGGCAGAGGGUUCAGGGGCAGAAGACAUAUGAAAAGGCCACUAGACAAUGAUCCAAGGCAAAUUCAGUUGUCCAACCUAGCUUGAUUCUGAAGGAAGCCAUUGUGAGGUACAUGACAUAGGAAGGUUACAGGGCUCAUCUUGUGGGUUCUCUGGGGUUGGAGUCAACUGUACACCUCAACCUAUUUCUCAUACAUCCUCACAGCCAUUCACCCAGUUCACAGUUUAGCAAGUGUUAUGAGUGUUGGCAUCAGUCUCAGAGUAAAAAUGGCCAUGCCUGGGGCUGUCACACCUGUUCUAACCUGUUCAGAGCAACUUAUGCUUUUCUGGAAUUAAAAGUCUGCUUGAG